AGGAAACAGAAACACAGAAAAGCGAGAGAGAGAGAGAGACAGACAGAGAUAAAAGUUGAAGUUAGCGAAUAAUCGAGCUAGGGUUCAGUCGUUCCAUGUAGGAUACUUUCUGUACUCUCUUGCUCGUUUUUGGGUACUCUGACGUUAAGAACUGUUGAUGUUAGAAGGUGUCUUUCAAGCUUGGCGAUCUUCUCUGAUACAUAUUUCGUGGAAAUAGUCGAUUUCUCUUCGGCUUCACAUUGCUCAGAAGAUUUGCAGCAUUUCUGCCGUGCAUUUUUAAUCCGUAGAUCAGAAGUGGAAGCUGUAGCCAUAUUUUUGUUGUUGUUGUUGUAUUAUGGAUAUCAGAUUAUAUUAUUUAGCAAUUGUAGAAUCUAAAAUACAGUGGAGGAGGAGAUAAAUCAGCUUAUUUAGUUGGUGGGUUUUUGACGCUUCGAAGUUUUUUUUGGCUAUUCCAAUCUUGGGGGGGGCUCAAUGGAACGAGGUUUGGGUUCAGACUCUGUUCCUCCACCAGGUUCUUUUGAUAAAUCAAAAGUCUUGGAUGUAAGGCCUUUGCGUUGUUUGGCUCCGGUGUUCCCAUCUCCACAAGGGUUCCCAUCUCCACAAGGGUUCCCAUCAUUCUACCCUCCUCAAGGUCCUCCCUUUGUCUAUGCGCCCCCAUUUGGUCCAUAUCCUCCGGGAUUUACUGCAUUUUAUCCAUUCUAUGUCCCUCCAGAGUAUCAAAGGCCACCUGAACAAAACCCUCAGACCACUGGUGGAGCUACCAAUCAAGCAGGUACUUUUGUUUCCCCCUACCCUGUGCAAACUCCAUCUGCACAGAUGCCUUCAUAUAGAACAUCGCUUCCUACAAUACCGUCCAUCUUUUCAGAUUCUGCCAAUGGUGAUGCAGGGUCAUCGAGGAAGAACUCCAAAUGCCAUGAUGUGGGUCUGGAGGUGGAAGAAGAAAGUGACAUCAAGGGUGAUUCUGUGCGAUCGGUGACAGAAGAUGGAUGUAGUGACAACCUAAAGCAAGCUGCACAACAGCUUUCUCACCCUACUAAUACAGAUGCUGAAGCCACUAGUAGUGGGGUGAGGCAGAAGGGUAAGUCGUCCUACAAAAGAGUAAAGAUCAGCGAGGAGGUUAGGUUAUCCUUGGCAUCUAGUGUUGAUACUGAAUCAGUUGGGACUAUUGUUAUGAGAUUUGAUGCGCUCAGGCGUAGAAUUUGCCAAGUGGAAGAUGCAAAAGAUCCAGUGUCUGGAGUGACCAGACGAGCUGAUUUAAGAGCUGGCACAAUUAUGAUGAACAAUGGUUUCAGAACGAACAUAAGGAAGAGGGUAGGAGCUGUUCCUGGAGUUGAAAUCGGUGAUAUUUUCUUUUUCAGGAUGGAGAUGUGCUUGGUAGGAUUGCAUGCUCCGAGUAUGGCUGGAAUUGACUAUACUAGUCUUAGGUUUAACGAGGAAGAAGAGCCUGUGGCUGUAAGCAUUGUUUCUUCUGGAGGUUAUGAGGGUGACAUGGAUGAUGGGGAUGUUUUGAUUUACAGUGGCCAGGGUGGAAAUAUAAAUAGGAAAAAUAAACAAGUGGUCGAUCAGAAGCUUGAAAGGGGCAACCUUGCUUUGGAGAAAAGCUUGCGUCGGGGUAAUGAGGUAAGAGUCAUUCGUGGAAUGAAGGAUGUAGGUAAUCCAACAGGGAAGGUCUACAUCUAUGAUGGUCUGUAUAAAAUUCAAGAGUCGUGGAUGGAUAAAGGGAAGUCAGGUGGCAACGUUUUCAAGUACAAAUUGAUAAGAGAACCAGGACAGGCUGCUGGAUUUGCUAUUUGGAAAUCAAUCCAAGUGUGGAAGGAAGGUAUCACAUCUAGGCGGGGGCUUAUUCUGCCAGACUUAACAUCAGGGGUAGAAAAUUUACCUGUUUCUCUUGUAAAUGAUGUUGAUGAUGAGAAAGGACCUGCUUAUUUCUCAUAUUUCCCUGGUCUCAAGAAUGCAAAACCAGUCAACUUGGGUGAAUGUUCAUUUGGCUGCAACUGCAAAGGUGUAUGCUCACCUGGUAAUCAGAAUUGUUCUUGCAUUAAAAAAAAUGGGGGUGAUAUACCAUAUAUUGCCAAUAGGGUUGUUGUCAGUUGCAAGCCUGUAAUUCAUGAAUGUGGUCCUUCCUGCCAAUGUCAGCCUCACUGUUUCAACCGAGCAUCCCAAAGUGGUUUGAAAGUGCGGCUGGAAGUGUUUAAGACCAAAGACAGAGGCUGGGGUCUGCGGUCCUGGGAUCCAAUCCGCGCAGGCGGUUUUAUUUGUGAAUUUGCUGGGGAAGUCGUAGAAAAGAUUAAGAUAGAGGAGGUUAAUGAUGAACUCGAGGAUAAUGAUUAUACUUUUGAUGCUACCUGCACUGUUGAACAGCCUGCUGAUUUUAAUUACAUACCUGAGUUACUAGGUGAAGAAAAAGAAGUUGAUAUGAACAAGGAAUACAAAGCGCCUUUGCCCAUCAUCAUAAAUGCAAAGAAUGUUGGGAAUGUAGCUCGCUUUAUGAACCAUGGUUGCUCCCCAAAUGUCUUUUGGCUCCCAGUCCUACAUGAACACAAUGAUGGAUCAUAUCUGCAUAUUGCAUUUUAUGCAAUCAAACACAUUCGUCCCCUGACAGAGUUGUUAUAUGAUUAUGGUACAAGUGGAAACCAGCACAGGACAAAAAAGUGCUUAUGCGGGUCUUCAAACUGCCGAGACUACUUUGGCUAGUGGUUUAGAAAUAAAAAAACGAGGACAAACGUGUUGCUGUUCGACAUAAUCUUCAAAUUAAGGUGGUGAAACAGGAUUUCAGGAUAGGAAUUUACCAUCAGUUCGAGAUUUUAGUUUCAUGCUGUACAGGUAUUGAAGAUACCAAAUUUUGUUGUUUAUGAUAUUUGUGGAGCUUUAUUGCUCCAUACUCUAGCUUUUAAUGUAUAAUUGACUUCUCAAAUGAGGCAGAUGUCUUGAUUAAUGUCUAAAGGUUUCUGCUUCUGCUUGGGAUUUGGGCAGCCUGCAUCGUUUCAUUGAAACUGUAGUUUUUCAGAUGUACAGGAUAAAUGCCAAAAUUUGCUAUUUAUGUUGCAUGAGGUGGCAUUUUGCUAUAUUCAGAUGUCAAUAGGCCAAUAUUUUUAUUUA